AUGGUGGUCCACUUGCGCGGGGCGCGCGAGCGUCCCACCUGGACCGCUCCUGCUGAACGUGCGGACCGGGCCUGCACAUCAAGGUGCGUCCGUGUGCGAGUGAGUGCCAAACGAGCGAAAGUGCUUUCCCGCGAAGAAGCUCUACUGCAAGAAACGACUUCUUCAGGGGGACCACCCAAUACAACCCCACCCCCAUACCCAAACACAAAACCACACACCAAAACAAAAACCCCAACAACCUCCCCCCUAAAACACAUCCACCAAACAUACCCCACCAAAUGCGCCGGCUGUGCUCAAGGCAUCUCUCCCUCGGACCUGGUCCGGAAAGCCCGGGGCAAGGUCUUUCACCUGAACUGUUUCACCUGCAUGGUGUGCAACAAGCAGCUCUCCACGGGCGAGGAGCUCUACAUCAUCGACGAGAACAAGUUCGUCUGCAAGGAGGACUACCUGAGUUCGGCCAGCUUGAAAGAAGGCAGCCUCAACUCAGUGUCCUCUUGCACCGACCGGAGUUUAUCUCCAGACCUCCAAGACCCACUGCAAGAUGACACAAAGGAGACCGACAAUUCCACCUCCUCGGAUAAAGAGACCACCAACAACGAGAAUGAGGAGCAGAACUCUGGGACCAAAAGGAGGGGACCCCGAACCACGAUUAAAGCCAAGCAGCUGGAGACCCUCAAAGCGGCUUUUGCAGCCACCCCUAAACCUACCAGGCACAUCCGGGAACAACUGGCCCAAGAGACGGGGCUCAACAUGAGAGUCAUCCAGGUUUGGUUCCAGAACCGUCGGUCCAAAGAGCGACGGAUGAAGCAGCUCAGCGCGCUGGGUGCCCGGAGGCACGCUUUCUUCCGGAGCCCCCGGCGCAUGCGUCCUUUGGGAGGCCGGCUGGAUGACUCCGAGAUGUUGGGUUCCACACCCUACACUUACUAUGGAGAUUACCAGGGUGACUACUAUGGUCCCGGGAGCAACUAUGACUUCUUCCCGCACGGCCCCCCAUCUCAGGCCCAGUCUCCCGCCGAUUCAAGCUAUAUCCCAACUUCGGGGGCUGGUUCCACCCCACUUGGUCCGCUGGAACCCCCUCUCCCCGGGCAUCACGCGUCCGAGAACCAAAGGUACACGGAUAUGAUCUCGCACCCCGACACGCCCAGCCCAGAACCCAGCCUGCCAAGUUCCCUGCAUCCCAUCCCAGGCGAGGUCUUCAGCAGCGGGCCCAGCCCUCCGUUCGCCAUGUCCAGCUACAGUGGGCCUCUCUCGCACCCCAACCAGGAGCUCAAUGAGACAACCGUGUGGUAG